AUGAGCGCCACCACUUUCGCACCACCACCUCGGCCCAGGUUCAAGACAAGGUUAGUAACGUAUCCCUACUUCCCUGUAGAUGGGCACACAGCACAUUGCACUGGGGCUGGAGCUGGAGCUGGAGCUGGCUCCAACUCGUGCGAAGCGACGUCUCGGGGAGAUGGCUCGACGGGCGAACGAAUGCGGCGUAACGAAUCCUCUCUUGGUGGCUUUCCAGCUACAGCAGAGCGUCAUUACUGCUUUUGAUGCUCGAUGACUAGGUCAGACAAGUCAAGCACCUCCGUUGCAGCGACGCAGCUCGUUCUCGAUUCCACGCUCACAGUCGAGCUCAGCUGCCUUCAAGGCCCCCUCGAGCACGGAAUGAGGAUCCAGAGCUAACAUCACUUCACCUUCGUGCAGUUUCAAGGCCGUCCGAGCCUACGAACCUAUCCACACGGGCGGCAAAGUCGUGCUCUCCGGCGAUGGAUCCUGGCUCGUUUCGACACUGGACGACCAAGCGCUCGUUAGUGACAUUGCAACAGGAGAACGGAUACAGCUCCUAAAAGGCGUAAGAUUCGUCCCUUUCCCUUAUAUGGCCUCCAUUCUCCCAACUGAGCCCAUCCCCUGCCUCAAUGUGUUCCCUCUAUCAGGACUCCUCGGCGGUCACGACCUUGGCCAUCACCCCGACCCCCGCCUCACCUAAUGCAGGUGGAUACCUCUUGACCGCCUCCCGAUCUUCGGCACUCCACCUCUACUCGCUCCCUUCUUUGACCCUGCAUCGCAGCAUCGCCAAGGCCCACUCGGCACCCAUCAUCACCUCCGCUGCAGACCCCUCGGGAAGACUUUUCGCGACCGGUUCCGCCGACGGCAUCGUCAAAGUCUGGGAUGCCGAAAACGCCCACUGCACCCACGUCCUGCACGGCCACGGUGGUCUCAUCUCCGCGCUCUUCUUCGAUGUUGGCGCCGACGGCCGAGCGAGGUUGGUCUCGGGCGCUGACGACUGCAAAAUCCGAGUGUGGGAUCUGCACACGCGAGAAUGUGUUCACGUCCUCGAUGGCCACACCUCGGUCGUGACGGGCUUGCAGGUCACCAAAGAUGGCAAAAACAUGAUCUCGGGUGGACGUGAUCAGGUCGUCAACUUGUGGGAUCUUGAACGGGGAGUGCUGAGGAAGACGGUGCCCGUUUUCGAAACGCUCGAAGCCGUCGGAUUCGUCCAACUCCCGGAUCAAGUCGCUGUUUGGACGGCGGGUGACAAGGGCGUCAUCCGGUUGUGGGACCUUCGAAACGGCGAGGAAGUCAACAAAGAGCAGCGAGGGAACGGCAAAGGGAAGGUCCAUGAGAUCAUCCAGGUCAUGUGAGUAGACUCGGAACUGGCCCCGCCACAGACGAUUGUCUCACUCGUGCCCCGUUUCGAUUUGCACGCAGUCACAACGCCACCACCUCGACCUUGACGGCGGUCUAUGUUGAUCAAAAUAUCAUCACUCGGAGUCUCCCAACCCUCGAAGUGGUCCGCCAGAUCGUCGGCUACAACGAUGAAGUCAUCGAUGUCGCCUACCUCGCGCCGAGCCGACCAGAGGACGAGUCCCAUUUGGCCGUGGCGACGAAUUCGGAUUUGAUCCGCGUCUAUGAUCUUGCUCGUUUCAAUACCUCGUUGUUGGAGGGCCAUAAUGAUGUUGUGCUGUGCCUUGCGCGGUCGACCGAUGGUAGCGUUCUGGCGAGUGGCUCCAAGGACAAGACCGCGAGGGUAUGGCGAUCCAAGUCGUCGGGCAAAGGAUGGGCGUGUGUCGCCAGUGCCGAAGGGCAUGUCGAAUCCAUAGGCGCCGUCGCCGUCUCCAAGAAGGAGCGCAAUUUCCUCGUCACGGCGUCGCAGGACCGGACGGCCAAAAUCUGGGAUCUCGCUUCUGCAUUGGGCGGUGAGAAGGAAGGCGAGGUCAAGGAUGAUGCGGCAAUCGUGGCCUUGAAAUCAUUGACGACACAGAAGAUUCACGACAAGGACAUCAAUUCGUUAGACAUCUCACCCAACGACAAACUGCUCGUGUCCGGAUCCCAGGACCGCACGGCCAAGCUCUUCUCGAUCACCUACACCGCCAAAAUCAAAUCCUCGCCACCGACCGCUGCUCUGUCUCUACUCGGUACUCUGAAAGGCCACAAGAGGGGUGUAUGGAGCGUCAAGUUCUCGCCCGUCGACCAAUGCGUGGCGACUGCUUCGGGUGACCGCACGAUCCGCCUGUGGAGCUUGGCCGAUUUCACUUGCGUCAAGACGUUCGAGGGGCAUACCAACUCGGUGCUGAGAAUCGACUUUUUGACUCGAGGGAUGCAGCUCGCUUCGUGCGCUUCGGACGGAUUGGUCAAGGUUUGGAACGUCAAGGACGAGCAAUGCGUGUCGACGCUCGACAACCACGAUGAGAAGGUCUGGGCAUUGACGGUUGCCAAGGAUGAGAAGCAUCUUGUCUCCGGUGGUGCGGACUCGGUCAUCACCGUUUGGCAAGACAUUACGGAGGAAGAGGAAAAGGCCAAGAUUGAGGAACACGAGGAUCAAGUCCUGAAGGCGCAGGACUUUGAGAACUACCUCUCGAUCAGGGACUACUCGAAUGCGAUCCUGUUGAGUCUGUCCAUGGACCAACCGAGGCGAUUGCUCAAACUCCUGACCGAGGUCCGACUCGCCGCCUCGGAAGAUUUGAAGAGCUACACCGGUUCGAGUCAGGUCGAUCAGGUGCUGCAGUCGCUCGGUGAUGUCGAUCUACGACAACUUUUGCUCUACGUCAAGGAUUGGAACACAAACGCGCGCACGUCCGAGGUCGCUCAGGGUGUUCUCCACGCGAUCCUCAAGCUUCAUUGCGCCGAGAAGGUGCUCGAAUGCCUCGAUCCACAAAAGCCGAAAGAGGACCAGGACCAGGACGUCAAUUUUGGCGUGGCAGACGAUGACGAUGAGGAUGAGAUCGUGAAUGACGAGAAACGCAAGGAGCGACGACGAGAAUUGGCGAAGAAGCGACGCACCGAGAUCAAGGCUGGCGAUCUGUUGCAGGCUUUGAUACCGUAUACGGAGCGGCACUUGAGUCGGGCCGAUAAGAUGGUGCGCGAGAGCUAUAUCGUCGAGCACUUGCUGGGUCAGAUGAACAGCUAUGAGCUCGAGGCGGCUGCCGUCAAUGGGGCGAAUGGCCUGCAAGCCAUGGAGGUAGAUCUCGACGUGGAUAGAGCUGAUGCCGUAGCUGCUUGGGCGGAUGAGGACGAGGAGGAAUGA